AUGUCCUGCUAUGAUCUGUGUCCUCCCACCCCWUGYGGCCCAACACCGCUGGCCAACAGCUGCAACGAGCCCUGCGUGCGGCAGUGCCAGGACUCGACCUAUGUGAUCCAGCCCUCACCUGUGGUGGUGACGCUGCCYGGACCCAUCCUCAGCUCCUUCCCGCAGAACACGGCCGUGGGAUCCUCMGCAUCCGCAGCYGUGGGAGAUGCCCUCAGCACUGGAGGGGUUCCCAUCUCUUCUGGCAGUUCCUCGGGCUUAGGCAGCCUCGGCUAUUCGGGGCUUGGUGGCCUCUAUGGACGGCCAUACCGCCGCUACAACCGUCGCGGCAGCUGCGGGCCCUGCUAG